AGACUAACUCUUCAAUCGCAUUUUGCAACGAAACUUAAAAGCAUGGCGAUUCCAAAAAAUAUAUUUUUUUUAAUUCUAGUGAUUACGUUUUUAAAUAAAGUGCCUAUUGGUUUGUGUGGAUCGCUAGAACAUCCCUUAGUGAAAAUUAUUAAAAAAGUGUUGGAUGAAAAAGUUAUUUCUGGACGUUGCGCUGAAGCUUUGGGAAUUUUUUUAAACAAUUUGGAUGGAGUUGGUGGUGAUGAUGAUAUAUGGGCUUUACAAAUGCUAGAUGCUACAGCCAAAGUACCUGUGGGCCUGGUAUCUUACUCUUUCGGAGAAAUAGGUCACUUCUAUCAAUGUACAGAAAUAGAAGCUAAACGAGAAAAUAUAAAAGGAAAAUACUGUAUCGGCAACAUUGUCAUUAAUACAUCAGUUGCUGAGCUUUAUUCAAGGCAAUUUCACAACGAGAAUAUGAAAUACCUAGUAUCAAAAAUAGGAGGUAGUGUUAAAAUGGUCGGCAAGCCCUCUUGGGCUAUGUGUUUACCUCAUAAUUGUAACAUUAGAGAUACUAAGAUUCUAAUGAAUAAAUCACAACCAUUUGGUUUUGGUGUAAAUAGUGUUACCUGUCAGACGAUUGAAGAUGUGUAUCCCAGUUUGACGAGAGACGCUGUAAUUGGCAUGUCAAUUUUGAGCUUUCUGACAUUCAUCGUUUUACUUUCUACAAGUUACGAUAUAUUUUGUCAAAAUAACAAGAAAGCUCAUCCUGGAUUAAUAGCGUUUUCUCUCUACACAAAUGGUAAAAAGUUAUUUCAGAAUUCACAACGAUCGACAAAUUUAACCUGUUUAGAUGGAAUAAGAGUUUUGAGUAUGUUUUGGGUUAUAAUUUUACACACUUGGACCGUAUACACAUCUGGACCAGUUUACAAUUCUAAAGAUGUUAUUAAAAUGUCAAAUUCUAUAUUGAGCAUGGCUUUUAUAAAUGGAGACUUGGCUUGCGAUACGUUUUUAUUGGUUGGUGGAAUUUUAGUGACUUACGUUUAUUUUAAAAAGCAUAACGCCCAUAGUCUAGGAUUAUCUACCAUUUUUCAACAUUAUUUUCACAGAAUAAUUAGAUUAACCCCACCAUUAGCUGGAGUAACACUUAUCUCAGCAACUUUACUAAGAUAUAUGGGGUCAGGACCGAAUUGGCCCUAUAUCGUUAAUUAUUUCGAAGGUUUUUGUAAAAAAUAUUGGUGGUCAACUUUACUGUAUAUUCAAAAUGAAGUUAAUGUAAACGAAAUGUGUGUCGGACACUCUUGGUAUCUGAAUGUAGAUAUGCAACUAUAUGUAUUUUCACCUCUUAUCUUCUGGAUCCUAUCAAAACAUUCAAAGACCGGAAUAACAAUAUUAAUUUUGGCAUCAGCUUGGUCAAUAUUUUUAGGCUUUCUUAGAGCUUUUGAAGAUGAGUUAUCAGGUGUACAUCCUAAUUCUUUUUCGAAGACUCCUUCGCACGUUUAUAUGAAUGAUUAUUAUUUAAGAACAGAAACAAGAGCAGCUCCUUGGUUAAUAGGUACAAUACUUGGAUAUCUGUUAACCAAGAAAAAAUGUACGGACAUUUAUUUACCAAAGAAAAUUACAAUUCCAAUGUGGAUUUUAACGUUUGCAGUGAUUUUAUUGUGCGUUUUUGGAGGUUUUAGUACCCUACGAGGUCCUGAAUAUAAUAAGCUUCAAAAUGCUUUUUAUAUUGCAUUUGUUAGACCAUCUUUCGCAAUGACAGUUGGAUGGGUCAUUUGGGCAUGUGCUACAAAUCAUGGAGGUAUCGUAAAUACUAUUUUAUCGUUACAAAUUUUCCAAUUUUUAAACAAAUUUAUAUACAGCAUGUACCUGAUUCACGUAACAAGUUUAUACAUGAUAAUUUUUUCAACUAAAACUGCAGUAUACAUUAGCAUUUUUAAUUUGGCUUACUGGUUUUGGGGAAUAUUUAUGUUUAUGUUUGGAAUUUCAACAAUAUGGGUUCUAGUUUUUGAAAUGCCGAUUGUAGUUUUAGAAAAAGUUUUACUACCUCCAUCUGAUACAAAUGAAGAAUGUAUGAAAGCAAAAUCAAAUAAGAAACCAAUUGUCUAAGAAGAAAUGUGGAUGUGAUUUUAGAAAGUAUUUGUAAAUGUAAAUUUAUGUAAAAGACAAUGUAUUUUAAAUAAAAAAUUUAUUAAAAACGUUCAUUAUU